AUGCUUUCUAAACAUAGAGUCACUCUUGGACUGAGUGGAAAUUCGUUUCUUCGAUCCAUUAGAAAUGCAUCAUCUAAGCACACAAAUCCUGGUAGAGAGGCUAUUCCAACUCGAUUUCCCACCCUUUAUAAUCCAAAACGUUCAGCAUCCAAUAAUAAAAUUCAACUCCCUAUAGGGCUGGUGUAUAACCCGGCGCCGGCAGCUCCCAGUCCCUAUGAGACACCAGCUGCUUUUCUGCCAAAAGAGGACAAGCGAACUGUUGUGGUAAACAGUGAAGAAUUCCCAGUAGACAAAAUCCCGGCUCUCAAAGAGCCUCUGGAGAAAAAAUACAAUUUGACUGAAAAGGAUCUUAUUGAAAUUCAUAAUCUCAGAACGUCAGAUCCUAAUAAAUGGACUCGAAGAGCCCUGGCGGAAAAGUUCAGCUGUUCAGAGUUUAUGAUUUCAGUUGCAUCAAAACCAAAUCCUGAAUAUAAAAAAGAAAUGGAUGAGAGGCUAGAAACUAUUAAAGAAUCGUGGUCACCACGAAGAGCCAGAGCAAGAAAUGACCGACAGCGGAGAAAGCGACUAUGGAUUCGGGAUGCCCAGUAG